AUGAAUGAACUUAAUUUUCAAUUUUCGCACUCCAUUCAAGAUCUCAAUUAGACUUAAAUAAAUCAAGUAUAGUUUUUCAUACAUAUUAAAAGGUUGAAUCUUUAAUUUAAAACUUACCUGAUAUCAAAAAUGAUUCACAAAUGUUCCCAUAAGAUUUAAUCAUUGAAAAAAAAGAUCAUCAAUACUACUUUGGAUUUGAACUUUAAGCAAAAUCCUUGCUAUCCAAUAAGUCUUAAAUAUGCUUAAUGUAAGAAAUUGGGUAUCCUUAUCACUAUUCUAAGCAUUUAUUGAGGUUAUUAAUCAAACUUUAAAAAUACAAGUAAAAUUUUAAAUUCUACAACUAGCAUUUAUUUACCUACCUUAAAAUAAGAUAGUUUUAUAAACAUUGAUCAAGGAAAUUAACUUUCUUAAUAACACUCCAAUGAAUCACCAAUCAAGGUAUAGCAAUUUGUCUUAUAUUAAUUUGGUUUGGAAAAAUUGGAAUAAAAUUCACAAGCUCUUAUUAGUAAUUAUUGCUUAUCUCCUGAAUUUAAAGAGGCUCUUAAUUGUGAAAAUAAUUAUAAUAAGAUUCACUUUACUGAAAAAAUGGCCAUAUUCAAUACUGGAUGUAUACUAUUUGAAUUGUAUACAAAACAUUAAUUGUACGAUAAAGAGACUUCUAAAUAUAACUUAACUAAGUAUAUGUUUAAGAAAUUAGAAUAUGAAAGCUUUCUUUUCGGAUAAUUAGUUUAAAAAUGCACUUUAGUAGAUGAAUAAGAAUCUAAUAAAAGGUUAACAUUCUAAGAAGCAUUAUCUUAAUUGAAUUACAUAGAUUAAUGCGUAUAGAUUAUUAAAAUAGCUGAAAAAUAAUAAAAAUAGAUAGAUUUUGAUCUUUUUUUUUCUUUAGAUUCAAGUUUGUAUGAGUAAUUAAAUCUUUUUUUAAAGUACAAAUGUCAUCAUUAAAUGACUGGUAGAUUAUUUAUUAUGUAAAAUCUUAGCAUAAUUAAAUUCAUUUAUAUUUUAUUUAAGGAGGAAGAUCACUUCUAUUUUAGAAAUUUCCUUAUUUUGAAAUUAAUUAUGAAAGAACUUUUAGAACUCAAAGAACUUAAGGAUACACCUUAUGAACAUUACAAAUCAGAAAAUACAAUCCUUAAUUUUAAUGAUUCUGAAGAUGAAAUCAGGGAAUUCUUAUAAAAUUACUCCUAAAAAUACACAGAACUUUUAUACUAGUUAAUAAUUGGUAUCUUAGAGAAAGAAAAAUAAAAUAGAAAUAAAGAAUAAGCAAAAAGAGUUUUUAAAAAAUAAUUUAGUCAAAGUUAAUUGCAGGAUUUUUAGUAAGAAUUUCAUGCAAACUUGUUUCCAGAAAAAACUCCAUAAUAAUAAUUACAUAAAUUAUGCUUAGCAAAUAUUUAAAAAGUAUUUAAUUAUAACAAUUUGAUGCAUAAUUUUUAACCAAUAUUUUUACAAUUAAUAAGAGACCAUCAUUGUUAUGAAAUUUACGAUCAUUUAUUAAAGGUUUUAUUCCAAGAUGUUAAUCAACAUUAAAUCUAAAAAAUUAUUGCAGCAAUUAGAAACAAUGUGAACAAUUGA